AUGGCUGGCGAUGACCGGAUGUUACGGACACUGGGAGGAAAUCUCACGGAGGAAGCCCCUCUCACGGAGUUUAUUGAAAACCUAGAUGCCCUCCAGAGUUACCUGGCGCUCCCUUAUCAGGAAAUGAAUGCACCAUCGUUUUGUGUGGAGAGAGGAGGAGACAGGAAGAUGCUUCUCCAUGACUACUCUGAUAGAAGUGGUCUGUGCCCCAUCGUACCAGGUAUCACUGAGGCUGUGGCCAAAGACUUCUUUGACAUUGACGUGACCAUGGAUAUCCUUGACGUGAAUCAAGAGGAGGAGAGGACAGGGAAGAAGGAGCACGUUGUGUUUCUGCUCGUGCAGAAGUCGCACAGACCGAUGAGAAGGGCAAAGCCAAAGGGAUCACAAGACACUCAGGACAGCCAGAGAGACCAAGAGGCCCUGGAGGCAGCUUUCCUUAGGAUGAAAGAGAAAUAUUUGAGUGUCUGUCCCGUGAAAAAGUCCAGCUGGGAAGCUGUGAGAAGCAUAGUCAUGUUUGGAAAAGGGCAUCUCAGGGACACCUUUGAACCAAUUUAUCCCGAGUGGCUCUGGACUGAAGAGAAGACAUUCUGCGAUGCUCUUCCCUUCCAUGUGGUAUUUGAUGAAUCACUGUGGGUCAAACAAGCUGCAGUGAACAUUCAGAAGUACGUCCCGGGACUCCAAACCCAGAAGAUUCGAUUAGAUGAGUACUUCUCCAUCGUCCAUCCCCAGGUUACCUUCAACAUCUGCAAAUUUAUCAAAUUUGUCCUGAAGGCGCAAAGGGAGAUGAUGCCUGCAGCGUGGAGAAGUCAGCCUGCACUCAAACUCCGAGGCCAGAUGAUCUGGAUGGAGUCCACGUGGUGCAUGAUAUACGUGUGCUCCCCUAAGAUCCGCAGCCUGCAUGAACUGGAGGAGCGCCAGAUGCACCUUUCCGACAUCGCCCAUGAUACCACCAGGGACCUCGUCCUCCUGAACCAGUGGCGCCUGGAGGAGAUUGAGCUGUCCAGCCAGCUGGAGAGGAAGAAGGAGGAGCUGCAGGUCCUCUCCAAGCAGUCGGCCAUCGAAGAGAAGAAAACGGAGACCUUGCUGUACGCCGUGCUGCCUGAGCACGUGGCCAACCAGCUGAAGGAAGGCAGAAAGGUCGCCUCAGGAGAAUUUAAAACCUGCACAAUUCUCUUCAGCGACAUAGUGACAUUUACGAACAUCUGUGCUGCCUGUGAACCUAUCCAGAUGGUGAAUAUGCUGAAUUUAAUGUACUCCAAGUUCGACAGGUUAACCAGUGUCCACGAUGUCUACAGAGUAAGCGUGUGGAAACAACCUGAUGCUUAUAUGGUGGUAGGGGGUGUACCAGUGUCUAUUGGAAGCCACGCUCAAAGAAUAGCUAACUUUGCCUUGGGGAUGAGAAUUUCUGCAAAAGAAGUGAUGAAUCCUGUUACUGGAGAACCCAUCCAGAUUGGAGUGGGCAUCCCUACGGCACCAGUCUUGGCAGGUGUCAUGGGGGACAAGAUGCCUCGGAACUGCUUGUUUGGUGACACUGUGAAUACAGUCUGUAGGAUGGAAAGUCACGGGCUUCCCAACAAAGUGCAUCUUAGCCCCAGGGCCUGCAGAGCCCUGGAAAAUCAAGGUUUUGAAAUAAUUGAGAGGGGUGAAAUUGAAGUGAAAGGGAAAGGGAAAAUGACCACAUACUUUGUGAUCCAGAACUUGAAUGCUUCAGAGGAUGAGAUCAUGGGGAGACCUCAAACUCGGCUUGAUCCUGAGGGUAAGCAAAAAAGAUAAGCCUUCCCCUGAGGAUCUGUGCGACCAGUUUGCCCUGAACACUCUUCUGUUGCAUCCUGGAUGCUUCUGACCAGUUGGCACCCGGAGGCAGUCCAGUGGAGGGACAGGAAUCCGUGGAGGCAGCUGACGGACAGUGGUCUUCAGCUCAAAGGAGUGAACGGCUCUCCUGCUCUCAUCACUGUGGUUCGACUGAGUCUUUGCCUUGGAGCAGAAGCCCCAGUGGCUGACUUCGGAGGACACCCUGACCUCAGAGCUGGCCAUGGGCAAUGUCUUAUUCUAAAUGAUGAUGGGAGAGAGGAGGAAGAAAGAGCCCCAGACCCCGCAGUUUAUAAAUUGCCCCAGAGCACAGCCGGGAUGUGA